CGGGACGAGCCGUGCCGCGCGGCGGGCAGCGUGCGGAGCGGCGUCUCUACUGGCGGUAGGGUCACGCUGCGGGCGGAGCAGGAAUAACAUGCUUGGAAUUACUUGCUAGUGUUGGUUACCUGCACCCUAGCACAAGAGCUCCAGCUUGAUUCUUUUCAGUGCUUCUGUCAGAACAUGGGGGAAAACGAUGAUGAAAAAUACAAUCAAGCUGGCCAGAUAUUUGAAAACUUUGUCCAAGCAACAACAUGCAAAGGUACCAUUCAGGCCUUUAAUAUUCUCACACGCCAACUUGAAUUAGAUCCUUUGGACUGUAAGAACUUUUACAGCAAACUGAAGUCAAGAGUAACCACGUGGAAGGCCAAAGCUUUGUGGAACAAGCUUGAUAAAAGAGCAAGUCACAAAGAGUACAAACGUGGAAAAUCUUGUAUGAACACUAAGUGUUUAAUUAUUGGAGGUGGCCCAUGUGGCUUGCGGACUGCCAUAGAACUUGCCUUCCUGGGAGCCAAAGUUGUCGUCGUGGAGAAGCGGGACACUUUUUCAAGAAACAAUGUGUUGCAUCUCUGGCCGUUUACAAUCCAUGACCUCCGGGGACUAGGAGCAAAGAAAUUUUAUGGGAAAUUCUGUGCAGGAUCCAUUGAUCACAUCAGUAUUCGACAACUUCAACUUAUCCUCUUCAAAGUUGCACUUAUGCUAGGAGUUGAAAUCCACGUGAAUCUAGAAUUUGUGAAAGUCCUGGAACCCCCUGAAGAUCAGGAAAAUCAAAAGAUAGGUUGGAGGGCUGAGUUUCUCCCGGUGGAUCACCCUUUGUCAGAGUAUGAAUUUGAUGUUAUUGUUGGUGCAGAUGGCCGCAGAAACACAUUAGAAGGUUUUAGGAGAAAGGAGUUCCGUGGAAAGCUAGCUAUAGCUAUCACUGCCAAUUUUAUAAACAGAAAUACAACUGCAGAAGCCAAAGUAGAAGAAAUUAGUGGUGUUGCUUUCAUCUUCAAUCAGAAGUUCUUCCAAGACCUUAAAGAGGAAACAGGAAUUGACCUGGAGAAUAUUGUUUACUACAAAGAUAGCACACAUUAUUUUGUGAUGACGGCAAAAAAACAGAGUCUUCUGGACAAAGGAGUGAUUAUAAAUGACUACAUCGAUACUGAGUCACUCCUCUGUGGGGAGAAUGUGAACCAGAGCAAUUUGCUGUCCUACGCUCGAGAAGCUGCUGACUUUGCAACCAACUAUCAGCUGCCUUCCUUGGAUUUUGCAAUUAAUCACUAUGGGCAACCAGAUGUAGCAAUGUUUGAUUUUACGUCUAUGUAUGCAUCUGAGAAUGCUGCACUGGUGAGAGAAAGGCACAGGCAUCAGCUCCUGGUUGCACUUGUUGGAGACAGUUUACUUGAGCCUUUCUGGCCAAUGGGUACUGGCUGUGCAAGAGGCUUCUUAGCUGCUUUUGAUACCGCUUGGAUGGUGCGGAGCUGGGCUCAAGGAAAACCCCCACUAGAAAUCCUUGCUGAACGGGAGAGUAUUUAUCGACUCUUGCCUCAGACUACCCCUGAAAAUAUUAACAAGAACUUUGACCAGUAUACCAUUGAUCCAGGAACGAGGUACCCAAACUUGAACUCAAGCUGUGUUCGACCUCACCAGGUGAAACAAUUAUACGUUACCAAUGAGUUACAGCAAUGUUCUCUUGAAAGAGCAAGCUCCAUUAGAAGAUCAGUGAAUCUCUCAAGACAUGAGUCGGACAUUCGACCUAACAAACUCUUGACCUGGUGUCAGAAACAGACAGAAGGGUACCGUAAUGUUAACAUCACAGACCUGACUACCUCUUGGAAAAGUGGCCUUGCAUUGUGUGCAAUUAUCCAUCGCUUCAGGCCUGACCUCAUAGACUUUGAUGCACUGAACGAAGAGGACAUUGUCAAAAACAACCAACUGGCAUUUGAUGUCGCUGAGCGGGAAUUUGGAAUCCCCCCUUUGACCACAGGGAAGGAGGUGGGGUCAGCUGAGGAGCCUGACAAGCUCAGCAUGGUCAUGUACCUCUCCAAAUUUUAUGAGCUGUUCAGGGGCACACCUCUGAGGACAGUAGAUGCUGGGGAUAAGCAAAAUGGAGAAAGUAAUGAACUUUGCUCAGCAAAAUCAUCAAACUUCAUCUUUAAUAAUUACAUCAACUUAACUUUACCAAGGAAGCGAGUGCCAAAGGUUGAAGGGAAAACAGAAGAAAACGAGACUAACAAAAGACGUCGCAAAGGUCUUUUUGGUGUCUUUGAGGAGGCCUCAGGAUUUUCAAGCCAGGAGACAAGUGUUGGGAAAGAACAGAAUGAUGGCAGAGAAGGAAUAAAUCAGAAUAAAGUUAAAUCAAUGGCAACUCAACUAUUGGCAAAGUUUGAAGAGAAUGCUCCAAAUACAAUUUUUCGGAGGCAGGAGCAAAUAGAUAGACCAGCACAGCUCUCUUCUGACUCUCCUGUUAAUCCUCGCUUUGCUCAACCUAAAGAUACAAGUCUUCUAUCUCAACCAAAAAGGCAGUUUCAGGUGGUAGCUAGACCUGAACACGAGGUGAGGGAAACCAAACAGUCUUUAAAUGGUUCUGAUCAUAUGGCGAGGAGACCAAAGGCUCUAGAAAAAACAGAUAUCCAGCGCAGUCUGUCAGAAACAUCUGAAAAUCUUGCAUCUGCUUGUUCUGCUGCAUUUGUACUUUCUGGAGUGCUUGAACGUCUUCAGCACCUGGAUGAAAAAAUGAAACAGAAAAGAGCUCAGACCAUAGCAAAUAGAGAAUUCCAUAAAAAGAACAUUAAAGAGAAAGCAGCACAUCUUGCCUCACUGUUUGGAUACAUGGAUUUUCCAAAGAAUAAGCUGCCUACUAAAGGCUUAUCCCAUUCUCAGCCCCCAACUCCCUCUUGCCCUCCACCUCAUGAUUCAGCUGCUGCCUCUUCUCCAUCAUCUGUAGGUUCAGCUUCCCCUGUUCUUCCUUCUAGACAGAUGACUGUAGGAAAGGUCUCACGUGCAAUUGGAGCUAUGGCUGAAGUUCUUGUCAAUCUGUAUGUGAAUGAUCACAGACCCAAGUCGCAAAUUCCCCCCCUUGAGCUGAACCAGUCUUUGGACAGAACUACAGGUUCUUUCCCCACUCCCUGUUCUCCACAUCCUGUCUCCAGUGCUCAGAGAUGUCAGGGAUCUCUGCGAAAAGAGUUUCCUCAGUCUAUUGGGGGGAGUGACAUUUGUUAUUUCUGCAAAAAACGGGUAUAUGUUAUGGAGCGGCUGAGUGCAGAAGGCCACUUCUUUCACAGGGAGUGCUUCAAGUGUGAAAUAUGUUCUACAACUCUCCGAUUAGGAAUUUAUGCCUUUGAUGUUGAAGAAGGUAAAUUUUACUGUAAACCUCAUUUUAGACACUGCAAAAUCAGUAAUAAACACCGAAAGAGAAGAGCAACAUUACAGGUCCAGUGCAAGGAGGCAACAGAAGCCUGGAAGAAAGAAGAACUCAGAGCUACAGAGAGCACCACAGACAGCACUUUAACAACUGCUAGCAGUCCAGAGGACAGGUCCCCAGGUAUCCUGACUUCCUUCUUUAGGCGCACUCUAAGCUGGCCCCUUCGGGUGACAAGGGAUCUGCUUGACAUUCCCAGACGCCUCUCUAACUGGAUGCAUGGUUUUCUGCACGCUACCAAUGUUCAUUUCAGGGACAAUGCAUAUAACUAUACCUACUUGUACGAACUCUUGAGCCUUGGUGUGCCAUUUCUCUGCGCUCUUCUAGAGGUCCUUAUUCAUAUGUACCGGGAAGCAGAGCUAUCCCUUGAAAAUGUGCUUGAAUGGGCAAAAAAGUUCUACAGGAUUCCUAAGAAAGUUGGCUUCUACUGCACAAUUCAAAAAGAAGAGUACCACAAAUACCUUAAGGAGCAGCAGAGAAAUGCAGCUCCCGAAGUGGAUGUGGCUGCAGCUGAAACACAGCAUGGCCUCGGCUUCUGCCAGCCCACGGCCGAUGAGCCUACCUCCCCAAAGAAGGCAAAGAGCGUCCUGGAGCACCUCAAUGUGGAAAGCUGGUUCUCAUCCACUGACCCUGAGUGGGCCACUGUAAGGGUCAUCCCUGAGGAGGAAAUGACGGAGCACAACCUCCUUGCUGUUCGAGUCAUGGUCACCAGUGAUGCAAGCAGCUCUGAGGGGGAAUCUGAUUUUAAUGGCAACUCCUCCAGCUCUGAGGUGAGUGAAGGACAGACCUCGUUGCUGGAGCCCCCCGCCUGCCCAAGCCCCCCGCGCCGCUGGACAUUGCUUGCCAGGAGCCCCAUGGCACCAGAGGAAAGCCACAGGGCAUCCAAAGUCAUUGAUGUGCUCCAGAGAGCCAACAGCUUCCACUCCACUGCCUUAAAUAAGUAUCAGAGUUGGAGGAGAAAAAUCCAAACGAAUUUCCCUCUACUGGCUAACAAGAAGCCUGGGCUACGCUGGAAGGACAGCUCAGCCAGCUGUCAAAGCAGUCUUGGAGAGGAUCACCCCCAAGCACAGUUGGCUUCUUACAAGAAACCACCAGAAGUUACGAGGGGACAUGUCAAACCCUACAGCCCUGAAUUCCAAAGAAAAGCCAGAGAGAGGCCUCAAGAUGUCCAUCCCCACGUGCCUCGUUGUCCAUUUCAGAGCAAGGUCAAAGGUUCUCCACAGAUCUCUCCUGGGAAUGGGGCACGGGCUGCUGGUUUUUCUGAGUGUGAAGAUACAGAUGGUGACACUGGGAGAUAUACAGGCCAGGGCUGGAAUGAAGUAAAAAAGAGUUAUACCUCUGAAUCAGAAGAUUUUAAUGGGAAUACGAAAGUGAUGUCAUCUCUGCAUCUGAAAGAAAAAGAUGAGAAAAAUACAAGGCACCUAGAAGAAAAGCUUGAGCAAGAGCAAAAGGAAGCAAAAAAAAGGCUGGUUCUUUGCACGGAACAACAAGCUAUGUAUGAUUCAAAUGGGGUGUACUUAGGUGGAACCACACUGCAGUGUCAAAACAAAAAAAUGUUGGGGAUUUCAAAGGAGAAGAAUACUGAAUGGAGAAGAGGUGUUUUCAAGCCAUCUGGUUGUCCUGUGCCUCUCUUAUUUGUAGAUGAUGUGCCACCAGCUUUGCCAGUUGACAUGAAAGAUGCUCUGAGGAGUCCAGACAAAACUGCCAAGGAGCAUUCAGCUGGCCAGCCAAAAUCACCACUGAGGCUCAUUGCCAAUGCGAUCAGGAGGUCCAUUUUGGAACCUCUAACUUCAUCUCCAGAAGGACUAAAGCAGGAUUCGGACAGCAAAACCAAAGCCUCUUCAGAACAAGCUUCUUUCAGCUUCCCUAGUAUUCUUGGCCAUAAGAACACUAACAACAACAGAGCAAGUAACAGUCAGCUACAGGAGCUUCAAGUAAGGAAGCAGGCAGGAGAACAUUUAGGAUGUGGGAGCCUUCUCUCAAGUGCUUCUAAGUUUUCUGCCAGCUCUGAAGAGAGAUCUCCAAGUGACACUAAGGACGUGUCCUUCCCAGUCUACAGUCCUCACAGCAGGCCUUCCAAGACUCCUAAUAUACCUCAGAAACCAACUUGCACUAGGAUGGAGGAUGUCCCAGGACUCCUAGAAAAGUUUACUUUUAAUGAAACUCCUUCAGUGGCUCCCAAGGAUGAUGUAUUAAUCUGUAAUGAAAAGUACCCUCUUGCUUCAUCUCAGGAACCCUGGAACACCCCUAAGGACAGCCUGCAUGACUCUGCACAGAAGGGUAGUCUUUCACUCUUUGAGAGACUAAGAAGUAAGAUUUGUGAAAGAGAAGGGAAUUUCUCCAUGUCAUCUCUGCCUUUCAUGAACGACCAUUCUGCAGAAGACAGGCUACAUUAUCCUUCCACAGGAUGUGAACUUCCACCUGUCAGGAAACAGACUGCGGAGUAUUUUACUUCUUCCUCUGAUGAAGAUGAAUUUGAAUUCAAGCGUUCAUUAACAUAUAAGGCUAAAAGAUCUCUUAGAAGGAGAAGAAAACUGGAGAAGGAGACAAAACAAUUGAUUAAACAAGAGGAGCUGAAGAGACUUCAUAAAGCACAGGCAAUCCAGCGCCAACUAGAAGAACUGGAGGAAAGACAGAGAGCACUGGAAGUUUUUGGUGUUCAGUUGGAGAGAGAACUCAGAGGAGAAUCCGUUUCAGGCACACAGGAUGAAACUCAGUUGCUUCAUGAAUGGUUUGAACUGGUCCUGGAGAAGAAUAAAUUAAUGCGUUACGAGUCUGAGCUCUUGAUUGUAGCCCAAGAAUUAGAAUUGGAGGACCAUCAAAGCAGAUUGGAACAAAAACUGAGAGAGAAGAUGGCCAUUGAUGAUAGCCUUAAAAAUGAGAUGGAUCUAAAUGAGGAAGAUGAAAUUUUUAUUGAGAUGAUGAAAGUGGUUGAAGAAAGGGACAAACUCGUGUCUGCCUUAGAGGAGCAGAGAGUGAAAGAACAAGCAGAAGACCAGUGCUUUGAAAGCAUUCUAUUAUCAAGGGGCUGUCAGCUGAGUGGCAUUUAAACUGCCAUAUGCAAACAAAUGUCAUUCCAGCAAUAUUUGUAAUCAUGGAGGUACUGUCUUCUGAAAUUUAAGGUAAUUCAAAUUAGAAGUCAGUUUAUUUGAAUAAGGUCAUCCCGUUAUCAGGAGCUUUUAAACAACUCCUGUGCUCACACUGAUGUGAAUCACUUCACUGUCAGCAUCAAGAAUCAAAAGAAUAAAGAUGGAAUGGAUUUACCUGAGAGACGCCGCAGCCUGUGAAAGGGAAAUUGGCACUCCAGUGUUUCCUUGGAAUGUUAUUUUACUGCUGAAAAUAGAGUUAUUAAGAAAAAGGAUGAUAUCAUAUAGUAUUUUUGAGAUGGCAUUAUUUUCUGUCUGCUCGUCUGACUCUUUAUGUGGUUUUGCUUAUAUUUUGGCACAGCGAAGCCAUGAUGAACUAUUUAAAGGUCAAAAGCAAGCAUCUCAUAUAGAAAUAAGGUUAGUUCUUUUUUUUUUUCUGGUAGAAAAGUCUUUUGACUGAUAACUAUGCGUAAGCACUCAUUAAAGCCAUUGUAAAUACAAGGUCAGAUAUGAAUUUCCUAGGUAUUCUUAUGUUUUAGAGCACCGUGUGUUUUUGAACAAGCUGUUAAAUAUCUCCACGUUCUGUAAAAUGGUAAGGGGUCAUCAAAUGGGUAACUCCACUAAGUCUGUUAGGUACUCAGAAUAGCUUUUGUCUGUCACUGAUUAAGGUCUUCUCUAAAGCAUGCUGAAUGAUAAUUAUAAAAUACUUCUCCACCCCUGCUUCAAAGGAUAUAUCAUAAGAAGUAUCAUGAGGGUGUAGCAGCUGACAGAUCUCCCUUAGAGUAAUUCCUCAGAAGGGCUGCAAAAAUUAUUGAGUUUUGCAAUAGCAAUGUUUGAUAGAUAAUGUUGUGAUUACAUUUACAUUACAUUUAUAUUGCUGCUCAAGAAAUGUAUAUGUAGAUCUUUUGCUUAAAGGAAGUGCCUGCUAUCUUUUUUUUUCUUUCUGUAGUCAUGGCAUAGCAGAUGUGCAGAAAUUCUUGUUGAUAUUCAGGAUAGCUUCACGUACUUUCUUAAAUCUGCAAUUUUGCAAUAUAAGAUUGGUAAGAUUUCAGACUUGUACAUACGAUGCACUUAUUUUCAAACUGAAAAACCAAGGAGACCAAAAGGCUGUUUCUUCUUGAACAUCAUUUUACCUCACACUUUGACUCGGAAGAUUUUGAUGUUCUCAUUAUUUCAUGACUGGUGCUUACUUGCAAGAGUUGUCUUUGUACAGCCAAAGCUACAAGCAUUCUUGUUAUGAGACAAUUAAGCUAAAUAACCUCUUGGUAACUAGCUGUAGGGUAACAGAUACAGUGGAUCUUAGUACGAUAAUUUAUGAGUUAUCUUCAGUUUUUGCUGUAUUGUAAGAAAUCUAAAAUAUCCUUUUUAAAAUUAAAAAAAAAAAAAAGUUUUCACUGUUGACCACAAAUACAUAGAAUACCUCUUUGCUGCAAGAACUACACUACUGUUAUGCAAUAUUUAUUUAUUUAUACUUAUUUAUUAGUCUCUGUAAGGAGGAUAAGAGUGUCAUGUUAUAUUUUACAGUUCAGACGUUGUCUCCAAUUUUCAUAAAUAAGUUUAUUUCUAACAGUUAUUUAUAGCUAAAGGUCUGCAGGGUAAACUAGGUAGCUGUAUCAAUUUGGUAAUUAUUAGUAAUAAGGUAUAAAUUAAGAUUAAAAAAAAAUAAUAAUAUCUCUGUGGGAUACCCUUACAACAUAACACGUAGAGCUUUAACAGGAUAAUUUCUUUUUCACUUUGGUGGAAAGACAUAGCAGGAUCCCUGAAUUUAUUCCAAAAAUACCAUUGGUCAUUUUUUUCUGUCAUUCAUAUGCUGAGCACACCUUGAUCUUCAAGUUACAUUUUCAUUGAGAUGGACUGCAGUGAUUUAUUUUACCACUCUAUUAUUUUAGAUUGACACAAAGUAGAAACAAGCAGAGCAGUAAUAAAUAUGUUCAUUUUCUCUGUUGAAAACUCCUGGCAUUCCCAGUUUUGUGGAGAAAAUGUAUGGAUUUUAUCACUGUUCCCCAAAGCCUCAUGUAGUCCAGUAGAGUGAUACUGUCUAGAUCAUCUGUCAUUGUUUGCUGUAGAAAACAGAGUUGUAAUAUUUUCAGUGGAUUAUUAUUUUUUUACAAGUUUUACAGCAAACUUAUUGUCUUAAUGCUUUGCACAGUAAAGGCAGUUCCGCACAGACGCCCUUGGUUACAUCAAUCAGUGAUUAUUUAUUCGUCUAAUUUGUACUAAAAGCCUGUUCAUCCUCCUUCGUACAAGGAAGAGGAGGAGGAAGGGCAGCCCCAGAAUAAUGUGAAGCAAAUCUUCUGCCAAAGACCGACCUGCUUACCCAGGGCAGCAGCCUGGGCUCAGGUCACUCUGUGGUGCAGACAGGCUCCGAGACUUCACCUUACAGCAGAUACUUGUUUUUGACUUGGUCAUUGAGAGCCAAGAGAUUAGAGGCAGCAGAAGUUGAGAGCCAUCAGCAUGUAAUGGACUGUACAGAUAUUCAUUGCUGAAAUUAUACUUUUGUGCGUGCCAUGAAGUGAUAACACACUCCAUCCACAACCACUGGUCCCACAUGUCUUGGGUGGAAAAACCUGGCAGGCCACUGCUACCCUUACUGAUACUAGAGUGCCUCUCAAGAUUAGAUCCAAAAACAAACUAGGCAGGCAAAGCAGGAAAAGAAUAAAUUCUUGAGCAAUUUAAAGCGAAGUCUUUGUAUUGUGUGAAUAGAGGAGGCAGAAGAAAUAAGCUAUGUGCUCUGUUUGCAAGUCAAUUUAAUAUGGCUGGCAUGUAUUACAAAUCUGUUUAAACAUGUUUUGUUAUGAGUGUUCUUACUGCUUGGUCUUUUCUGUAAAUUGACUCAUUAACUGGAUUUGUUGGGGUAUUUUUUUUCUUUUUUUUUUUUUUGUUUUUUUUUUUCAGUCCUUGGCACUAUUGUUGUUGGGUAUAAUGUGAUGUGCUGGAAUGUAUUGCCAUGUCUAAGUGGACUGGAUGUGAGCAAUUUUGUAUUUGAAUAAAUAAAAUUGUAUCUCAUUCUCUGAA